GGAAACACGCAUACUUUCUGCUUUUCUGCCUGCUGGCUCUCCUCCAGCAUCCUUCUGUGCCUCUUGUGUGUUCUCCUCCCCCUCCAGCCUAUGUCUCCCCCCCACCCAUGGGGUUUGUUGGCCAGCCUGGUUACCUGACUAUUGCUGCUGCUGUUAAAGGAGUGGAGCGGUCUGACACAACGCUGCUACCCUGGUGCCGCUUUGCCUCGCUUCUCCUCUAUGCCUUUCGCCUCACACUCUGCUUUGCUGGAUAAUUACCACUGUGUCUGCCAGAGACAGCGACAGAGGACAGCAGAGGAGGGAGGCAAAGAAACAGAGAGGCUGCACUCUUCGUUCAACUGCUGCAUUCUUCAGUCUUUCCUUUCCUCUGCUUCCCCGGGCUGCAGGAGAGCAGUGCAAGGAACAACUUGAUGUGAGAGAGCUCCCUAAAGGAAUUUUAUCCUUCUCUCUUUUGCGCUUCCUCAUUCUGUUCAUUCCUGGGACAGAGUGCAGAGGAGGAGAGAAGAGGGAGGGACUGAGAGCAAGACUCUGCCUUCAGCUGCACAGCUCAGUGUCCCACCUUGGUCCAGAGGCACAUAAGUCAAACACUCACAGUGACUGGCAGACAAGGAGACAGACUGACAGAGACACACAUUGUAUACAUAUAGACAGGCAGAGAAGAACAGAGACAGACAGGUGGUGUAGGUGUCAUGGCGUCAGUGGACAGCACUGGUUCAAGUGUCUCUGGUCGGCUGAGAUCAGGGGAUCUACUUCACGCUGGUCUGGCAGUUGCACUGCUGCUUGGCGUAUGGACUGUUGGUGGACUGGAAGUUUCCACAGGUAAAGUGUCUUCAAUAGAAGCAAUGAAUGGCUCCACGGUUUUGUUGCCCUGCACUUACUCUUCAUGUAUUGGCAUCGAAAAUCUCUACUUCAACUGGCAAUAUAAUGACAAUGGAACUCUCAUAAAGUUAUGUGAAGCGUUGAUCCCUAUGGAGGGUGUGGAGCCGAAGGUCCGUGUGUACCAUGAGCGUGUUGAGUUUGUCGGCUCCUCAAAGAGGAACAACAUUUCGAUCUUGCUAUGGAAUAUCACCUUUGAAGAUGAAGGAGAGUACAUCUGUUUUGCCAGGAAUCCAAAAGAGAAGAACCGCAACCACAGUGCUAUCUUCACUCUUAUAGUGGUGGAUCAAAUGAAGGAAGUUGACAACACUUUGACAAUCAUUAUUGUCUCAGCGUUGGGUGGAGUCAUAGGCUUAGUUAUCAUUGUCAUGGUGAUAAAGGCUGUUGUUGUUCACUUCCUGCAGAAGGAUGAUGAGAAGAAUAAAGAGUGCCUAGUGAGCUCCUCAGGGAAUGACAACACAGAAAAUGGUCUUUCAGGAGCCAAAACUGAAAACAAAGGGACACCAAAGGCUUGAACAAAAUGUUAAGUAUGCCUACAUGUUUGUAUAUAUGUUAGACAAAUGUACACACUCAGCGAAAAAUCAAUUAUCUUACUAGCGGCUAACAAAAACAACUUGUAAAAAUGUCUAUUUUAAAUCAUGCUUGAGAUUUGGGAAGUGUGAAGUGUGCAUAGGCCUGGAUCUCUCUCACUUACCAUGGUAGCCCAUUUGUUCCACUGUACAGCUUCUGCUCCACUUUCUUCACAUUGCAAUCUCCAAUUUAUGCAGUUGACGUGUUAUUUUUUUCUAUGUACUUUCUUACUAUCUAAUAACAUUCACACUACGUUAAAGCAAGAACGCAUCACAAGAAAUCUUUUUUAUACACCCAAUGUCAGUAUUCAGUUUCCAGUCCAAAACAUGCUUUACAGUAUCAGUUGAGAAGCUACAAUAUGUUUGAUUCUUAGUCUGGAACUCUACAACUCCAAGUGAAACUUGGACUUAGAUAUACUCAACCAGUGGGAACAAAUAUCUUUGAUGCCAUGUUGAACUGCCAUAAUGAAAAACUGCCAGGAUGUCAGUCGAAGAACAGCACAACACUGCUCAAAUUCUUUCCCUUAGCUCUCAAAUGAUAUAAAUGCACCUGGAUGAAAAUAAGCCAGGUGAUAACUGACUAGAAGUUUGGUUAUAAAUAAAAGAUAAAAAAUUUUCAGUCCCAAUCACAUAAAUUGUUUAUAAAUAAAAUAGGAAGUUUUACAUUUUAAACACUGACUGUAAAAUUUGUAUUUUGCCAUUUUAAACACUGGGCGCUGUUUUACUGAUUAACUGUGUUUGUAGGUAACGAGUAAAUCCCAACUGUUUCCAAAGGAUCUUUCUGACAUUAACCUCUGAAAUGCCAAUUUUUAUGUGAACUUCUGGGUUCAGAUUAGACACACUGCUGGUUUGUUUGGGCCAAAGAUUUUCUGUGAAAUGCUGGUUAGCAGGGACUAACAAAUGGGCUUACCUUAGGUGAAUAAAAGAUCCAGUUCUGCACAGGUUUUAUUGUUUUGCUUUAGAUAAACACAGGUGCCUGUUCUGCUUCUGCUCCCUUGGCUGGUGAGAAGAACUUACAUAAAAAAAGAAGAACCCUAACCAUCAUCAAAGACAAUCCCCAGACUACCCAGCUCCCUAUUGAAAGGAAUGAACUUAAUCAUGCUGCUUCUGACUAAUAACCAAUGCAUUUUGAGCAUGUGCACAUUUUAUAUAGCUUCGUAUAAGAUUAUAUAUUACACCAUAAUACAGGAACAUUUCUGUGUGUCUCUGUUUGGUCCCCUCCACGCUGGCCAGAACUGCGGGAAGCUCUGUCAAUGCUCAUCUCAACACUGCUGCAACUGUUUAACACCUUUUUAGCCACGUCAGGGUUAUUGAAAAAGAACUUUUAGAAUAUUGGCCGACAAGUUUACUGUAGAAAAAUUAAUAACUGAAAGAAAGUUUACACUUAAUUAAAAAGUAAGAACAUUUUAGCAGCUCUGUUUAAGUGAAAGAAUUGAAAAGCCCUGCCAGAGGAGUUUGAGAAGCUGCUUAAUGGCUUAUUAGCAGGAUAUCUGUAUAAGCACAUGCAACUCAAAAUGCUAAUUUCCAAAUUUACAUGUGGAUUCAGUGAUAUACAUAUAAUUCAAAGGAAACUUGCCAAACCCAUCAAGAAUAUACAAGUCCAGUAAUAUAGCCUUGGUAGUGCAGGUAGCAUUGUCUUGGGGCAGCUCACUGCAAAAGAAUGUAAAGACUGUUGGGCAGUCAAAUAUUGUCCAAAAUGUAUGUUUUUAUUCAGUACAAAAAAUAUAUCAAAGAAAUAUUAAUAUUAUUCUGAAUUGAAUGUGUGUGAAUGCCCCUCAAGGGCAGUCAUAAGUGCUUGUUGGUCAGCUACAUUAUUUUGUGUACAUCUACAACUGGCCAAAACUGAGCAUGUUAUAGAGUCUAAACUGAUAAAAUUACUACUUGACUGUAUUUAAAACCCUGGCCAUUGAAGAUUUUAAACUUUUUGUUCAGACUUCACAAACAGCCCCAGUGUUGAUCUUGGCUGUUUAAAAGGGACGUUGGUUGAUGUUGCUGAGAGUAAAUUGAGAAAUUUUAAAUUAAACACAUAUAAAAAAUUUUUUUAAGUAAAUGCUUAAAUGUGCACAAUAUAAACACCAGUACUUAUUUCUUUCAAGAAACGCCAAAUUGGAAAAUGUAACAAAAUCUUCAUAAAUUCACAUUUCUGUUUCAUUCUUUCAUAAGUCAACAAGGAUCGGUUUACUGCUAAAAUGCCCUUGGGAAAUUAGAACCACCUCUCUUUGUAGUUUGUAGUCACAGUCACUUUGACGUCCUUUCUAUGAGGACCGCAGACAUGCUCUGCAUAAAUAGUUUGAACAGCUGAAAGCUACAUACAUACAUUACACGCUGCUACACAAAUACCCACAUAGGAGGAUUCAUUUUGAUACCAGAGAACAGCUCACUGGCCUUGCCUGCAAACAAUACAGCACUGUGUCAGUGUUAAAGUGGUUUUGUUACAAUGGCAAAUCACGGAAGUGGCCUCACAGUUGCCAUUCUUUUAUACUAUAUAUUAAGAGAAUUAACAAAAACACAACAUUCUCACUUUGUGUUUGUCAUUUUGACCGAGUACCUGACAGCAGCACUGUGUCAAAUGGUUUUAACUUCGAGUACAUGUUAACUUACUGGAACAGAGCUCUAUGACAAGCUUUUAUUUUAUUUUUCUAUUUGUUCACUUCUGUCAGCCUGCUCCUCUCUAAUACUGGAGUGCAUUUCCCUUGCUUUCAAUGGAAGCAAUAAGACAGAUAUCAGAUUAUGCAAUAACCUGUUAUAAGGCACUUUAAAGAUGUGUCUGGACUGGCUGGCAAUUCUGUCCAAGGCACUGAUCAUUGUACCAAUAUAUGUAUCCACACCACGGAAAUGUAUCUCAGCUGAGUUUAAGUAUGGUGAUUAGGAUCAUAUAUCUACAGCAGAUGGUUUUGUCUGCAUUGGAUCAAUCUAUAUUAGGUCCCAUUUACACUUGGCUCAAAAUUCCCUGAGCAGAUGAAAGCUGUAUCAGGAAAAGCUUGAACCCAGGCCCACAUUAUAACACAUGUCUAACAUAUUACCCCAUUUGUACUUUGCUAUUUCAUAAAAGUUGUAUCUAGAUGGAAUAAUAACACAGUGGUGGCCCUGGGAGUUCAAGGUGCUGCAGCUGCAGUUUCUGUUUUUGCUGUGGAUUAUUUCUUUGUUAGUUUGUUGUUGUUGUUGUUUUAUUUAUUACUUUGUCAAACUGUUGAAGAUGUUGAAGAUGUGUCUCAGUAUGCUUUUAUUUUACAUUUUUUAAAUGUAUGUUUUACUCAGAGCUCUCAGGGCUACCAUACUAAUGGGCUAAAAACACCCUAAUUGACACUGCCAACUGACAAAUAUGAAAUGCCCUACAAGAUAACCAAUGCGCUGCCCCCUUACAGGAAUACAAUAUAUUUUUCUGUGUGUAAUAUAAAAGCAGCCAUUGUUGCAAUCACAGAAAACAUCAUAACUGACCUAUUAUGAAUGUUCUUGCUUUGGAGUCCUAAUUAUAAGAUUUGAUGUUAUGUACUGAGUAGUUGUUUGGUUGCACUUAUGUCUUUGAGGGAUGCAUUUAAUUACCAUUGCAAGGAAAGGUGUUGUAGAAUAUGACCUCAAUUGACUCACGCAAUUAGGUUUCAUACAAUAUAUAAAGUACAACGCCUAUGCCCAAGAAGCAUAAGUGCUUAUUUUAUUAUACAUUACUAAAUAGUGUAAGUAUAUGCUGAGUAUAAAUGGGAUCAAGAGUGAAUUGUGAUCAACCUUAACAGUACAAUGUUAGAAGUGAAUAUAUCCUGGUGAACCUGUAAAAAUGUGAAUGAUGUGGAUGUAAGGCAUCACACACUGUCUAAGAGUUAUGGGACCCCUCUGUAAAGAGGGUAUAUACAUCCAAAGUCUUCCUGUUAGGGAAAAGCAAUAUUGUGGAGUUAAUGUGUCUGUUAGUGUACUUUUCAUAACCCUGACACUCAAAAUACAGUAUAGGUGGAUUCACAUAAUACAUAACUCAAACCUCACUAUUUGUGUUUACGGAUUUUCUUCUUAAUUUAAUGAAGAAAAACAAAUUAUAAUAAAAUACUUAAAAAACAACAAUAGAAAACUCCGUGCAGCAAAUUAGGCAUAUGUAUCUGAGCGGGUUAUAAGAGGUAUGUACUGUUUUAAUACCAGCCAUAACUGAUGUGAUAAAAUAUGUAUAUGUGAUGGGGAGAGGAGAGCUGUUUUAAUGCAUAACGCAGGUCUGGUUUUGGUACAGUUGCCUUUAUAAUCGCAAGACAUUGUACUAAGCAUUGAAUGCAUUAUUAUUAUUGUUAUGUUUGUUUGUUUUUUAUUUCAUCUUUGGUGUUCUGAUCUGUCCUGUCUUCCUCCAAGAAGCACCUGUACCGAACCUCUUAUGACUCUUGAAGUUAGCCAACAGCUUGCAGUGAUUGCUGCAGUACUGAGUGUGCACGGUACAGUGUACAAUGCUCCUCUGCAGUGGUGCAAUACAGCACAACAAAUACAGUAUGACUGCCACCCAGUGGUAAAUGCCCCUGUAGUACAAGCCAUGAUACUACUAGCAUGCAUUUUGAUUUGGACUAUGAGGAUUGCACAAAAUUUAAAAAAAAAGAAAAAAAAAGUGAUUAUAAUUUCAUGUAACUGUGUUAAAGCAGUUCAAAGAUGUAUUAUUACGCAUAAUGUUGCAAUUGUUUCUCCUGCUUUAUAUAGUGCUAGUAGUCUAAUGGGGAGAUGUGAUGUAUAAGUUUACACAAAAAAAUUAGGAAAAAAAUACAUUGAACAAUAAACCACGUAUGAACAGUGGUUGUUCAUCAGACUACUACUGGUGAGCAUAAAAUAGUUAUAGACAGCAUUUGUUCUGCUGUAACAUUAUUCACUAGGUAACACAGUAUUGUGAAUUCUCAUUGACUAGUAUGAUUUUUUAGAGUUAGUAUUGCUCUUACUGCCAGAGCGGGUGAAACUCAUACUGCCAAUCCAAGAGUCUCAUGUCUGCUGUUGUUACAACACGAUUAUAAUGACACGCAAUCUAUUAACUACGGUAACACUACUAAAACAUGAUGUUGCAUUACUGUCUACUGCUGUAUAAAAUGCAUAUGAAAGCUAAUCUGUAUAUGAUGAUGCUCUAUACUACUUCUGUAUUUCUAGCAGCUGAAACUCACACUGCCAAGCCAAGAGUCUAAUGUCUGCCUCCCACAUUCCACACCAGAGCUGCAACUAUUAGUCAGUUACUUAGUCAAGAAAAGGAAUUGACAGCUAUUUUAAGGACAUAGUUUGUAAGUCAUUUUUCAAGUAAAAAGUGCCCACAUUUUUAUAGCAUUGCGUUCUCAACAUUUUCUGGGUUUUCCCCUCUUACACAUUAUAGGAAAGAUUAAUAUAGUUCAGAAAAAAUGAAAUUUUUUGUCUUUUUUGAUAAUUUGAAGUUAACAUUAGUGGUAAAAAUACUAAACUAUGAUUCAUAUUGUGAUUUAAACAAAUAACUAACGUUUGACAGACAAAGGCAUUGAGAAUUUCUUUUAGGUUUCAUUUAUAAGCACUGACCUCUCCACAUGCUGUCACUGCAGUCCUGCAUUUUAGAGUAUUCUAUCAAUAUUUUACAUAUCCUGGGGCUGCAAAACAUAAAUCUAUCCCAAAUAAAAAUGAUUUUACAAAGUCAUAUCUAGAGCAAGCUAAGGCCACUGAUAGCAUACAAAUUAUAGCAACUGAUAGAAAGUCGUACUGUUGCAGCAAAUUCUUAUGUUUUGCUUACAUUACCGUAGUCUGUUCAACAUACACACACAAGCAAAAUACAUCUGCAAACACAUUUUUUCUGGAUCAACCUUCCUGUGAAUAUUCAGCUGUCUGUCUGUAUUUGUGUCCACGUUGUUCAUGCUCCCUUCAUGACUAUGCACUUCAAACUUUUCAAUUAUUAGCAAAGUACAUCCUGAAA